GAUGGGAUCAGUUUUUCAGAGACUUAAGUUAAGAAUCAUGAAGUUAAAUUACAGAGAUAUUAUGAAAACUGAUCAAAAUCCUAACGAGAAGACGCCGAUUGUUCCUUUGGGUGAUCCAGGUCCAUCUUAUGUUUUCCCAGGUCGAGACAUGCCGCAAAGAGAGCGUCAAGCGAAACAAUUUCAAUGUUUCAUUUGUACCGGAAUAUUUGCUGCUGUGUUGAUAGCUGCGAUUAUUGCUAUUUGUUAUUCAUUCUAUGGACCAAGUGCUGAUAAUUUUAAUCCACCAACAACUGAUAAUUUGCCUAUUGUAAAUAUUGAUGGAAAUGCAACGAUUCCAGAAAUUUUCUUUACAUUCUUCCCGAUUGUUGAUGAACCGAUAGCAAAUUGGUCCAUUCCAGAGCCAACAAAUGAUGAAUUAACAGAAGCAAUUAAUGCUGGUAAAAAGGCUUUGGGAGAUAAAGAAAUGAUUGAGGAAAUAAUAACAGCACCAGCAUUAAAUACUCCAUCGUUUCGUCAUCAACGUGCAGUGAGUACAACAAGUCUAGCAAGAAUAGCUGGAAAACGUGGAUAUGUUGAGGAUUAUGCAACAAGAUUCUUAGCAUUGAGACAUAAGUUCAAAAAAACUCAUAUUGGCCAUAAUAUUGGUGUUGGUCCCUCAGUAAAUCUUAUCAAAAAUAAUAAAAUUGAAUGCGCUAAAAAUCCAAAAUAUCGAUCAUAUGAAGGAAUCUGUAACAACAAGAAGCAUCCAUAUUGGGCUACUGCUUACACUCCAUUUAGACGUGCUUUAAAUCCUGAUUAUUGUGAUGGAGUCUCAGCACCACGAUGCGCCAAAGACGGAAGUAUAUUACCAUCAGCUCGAGAUGUUUCUGUAACAAUCCAUCGACCUUCUUAUUUCACUGAUAAGCAUUUCACUGUCAUGCUUGCAGUCUGGGGUCAAUUUCUUGAUCAUGACAUUACAGCGACAGCAAGUAGCCAAGGAUUAGAAGGGACUCCAAUUGAAUGCUGCAAAACUGAUCAGCCACUUCAUCCUGAAUGCUUUCCUGUCGCAUUAGCUGAUGGUGAUCCAUAUUAUAAUGAAUUUAAUAUGACUUGCCUGAAUUUUAUUAGGAGCAUGCCAGCACCAACAAAUAGAUUGGGACCAAGACAACAGUACAAUCAGGCAUCUGGAUUUAUUGAUGGAUCUGUUGUUUAUGGAUCAACUGAAGAGAAAGUCAGGUCAUUGAGGAGCUUUAGAGAUGGAAAAUUGGAUAUGUAUUUAACACCUGAUAAUCGGACUUUAAUGCCAGUCAGUCGAGAUCCAAACGAUGGUUGUAAUGAGGAAGUUGAGAAUUCAAAAGGUCGUUACUGCUUUGAUUCUGGUGACGCAAGAGCUAAUGAAAAUCUUCACCUGACAAGCCUUCAUUUGUUAUUUGCAAGACAUCAUAAUUUCCUUGCAGAAGGAUUAAAAGUCGUAAAUCCACAUUGGGACGACGAAAGAUUAUUUCAAGAAUCGAGAAAAAUUCUCGGUGCUCAAAUGCAGCACAUCACUUAUAAUGAAUUUCUUUCUGUAAUUGUUGGAAAAGAAGCAAGUGAGAAGUUAGGAAUUUUAUCAUCACCCGAUGGAGUUGCUGAAGAUACUUACGAUGAAAAGUUAAAUCCAUCUUUGGCAAAUGAGUUUGCAGCUGCUGCAUUCAGAUUUGCUCAUACUUUACUGCCUGGUUUAAUGAAGUUGGCAAAGGAACAUGAAAAUACUGAAGAAUCAAUUGAACUGCAUAACAUCCUCUUCAACCCAUAUUCACUUUAUCAUCCAAAAGGAUUCGAUAAUGCUUUAAGAAGUGCCAUGAAUACAUCAUUAGAAAAAUCUGAUCCAUACUUUACAAAAGAACUUACUGAAAAACUUUUUGUACAUGACGCGGCACCUGUGUUGUGUGGGUUGGAUCUUGUAUCUUUAAAUAUUCAACGUGGUAGAGAUCAUGGACUUAAAGCAUAUCCUGAGUGGAGGAAACAUUGUCAUUUGACUCCAGUAGAUACUUGGGAGGAAAUGGAGAAAAUUGUCGAUCCAAUUUCAUUUAAAAGGAUUCAUGAGAUUUAUAAAGCUCCGCAAGACGUCGACAUUUACACAGGUGGAUUAGCUGAAUAUCCUGUAAAAGGAGGAAUAAUUGGGCCAACAUUGACUUGCAUUGUCAGCGAUCAGUUUAUGAGGUUGAAACGUGGAGAUUCAUUUUGGUAUGAGAGAACAGCUGGAGCUCAGAAAUUUACUCCAAAUCAAUUGAAGCAAAUUUUCGACACAUCACUCUCCAGCGUUCUAUGCAGAAACUCGGAUAAAGUUGAAUAUUCGCAGCAAUAUGUAAUGAAACGGAUUUCAGAAACAAAUCCUUUAAUCAAAUGCAGCGAUCUCGACUCAUUCAACUUCUUACCUUGGAAAGAGGGAAGAAUGGGAAGAGUAUCAGUUGAUGACGAAGAAAUGAGCAUUAAGAUUAUCAAACAUUAAUAUUUUAUUCAUUGAAGCUUCUACCUUAUUGCAUUUGAGAUUUCUUAAAAUUUAUGCAUUUAUUUUUUUGAAAAAUUAAGAACAUUCAAAUCUUACAGCAAUGUUGAGUGUAAUAGAUAAUAAAGAAUCACAUUUUGAAUUUUGAAAAAGUUUUUAUUUUAAGGCAAACAUAAUUUAAUUCAAUAUUUAUAUUUUUUCUUGAGGCUUAAAAUUUAUUUCCAAAAUUCUCGGCACUUCUCUAACUUUUUCUGGUCUUUCUUUAAACAGUUUUAACAUUCAAUCUUAAAUUUUCAUUAUAAUUAACAUUCUGUUGCAAUUAUUCUCGGGCAUGAUCCUUAAAUUCAAGCUUCUACACUAAUUAAGAAUGAGCAUCAGCAAACCAUCCAAUUUUUGUUAUAUUUUCUAACAUCAAAGGCACAAGCCCAAUGGGAAUAAAAUCGUUCGUUGCAUUUGUCACAUAGCUCUUAUCAUUUAAAAUUGGAUGCUGCAUAAUAGUCAACAAACUUCGACACUCUGACGUUGAUAUAUAAGCGCUGAUGUAAGCGAGAAGCAAUAUUACGAAGAAUCCAGUAAUUACGAGAUAGGAUAAGAUAUUUCUGAUUCGCAUCCAGUAUGGGUCGAUUACAUAUGGCAUCAGUUCUUCAUAAGUCAAACACUUUGAUGUUCUAAC